AUGGCAAAUCUGUUCGAACGUCUAGCCCAAACGGGAGAGCAGAGAGAGCAGAAUCUCGUGGGAGCGCUUCAGAAUGUGCUCCAGCAGUCCAGAACGGACAUGGCACUCUCCCAGGAAGCCCUCAGUUCCCGAAUCAAGGAAGUCUUUGAGCAGAGCCGGGAAAAGGGAGAGAUCCAGCUUCACAAGCUGGUGAAGGCACCAGAAGCCUUCUCUCCGAGCACGUGGCAGGAAGAGCGCAAUUCUUUUGGCGACUUUAAACAUCGCCUUCGCACAUGGCUUGGAGCAGUUGACACUGACAUUCUCCAGCUGAUGGACAAAGCGGAAAAGAAUCCUGAGAAGGAAUUCAAGUUUUCUUCUCUUACGUCCCAGGAACAGACCAAUAGCAAGAAGCUCUACAGCAUCCUGUCCAGCUACACCAAGAACCGCCCGCAGAGAGUGGUCACAACAGUCAAGGAAGAGAACGGCCUGGAAGCAUACCGCCAACUUGUUUUCUUCAACCAGCCGAACACCAAGGCACGUUCUUUACAAUUACAUCGGGAAGUUAUGGGUUUCCGCUUCGACAAGGACAAAACCUACAAUGAGAACUUUCUGAAAUUCGAGGAGUUGAUCGACGAAUAUGAAAAAGCUAGCAAGGAAAAGACCUCAGACUCCUUCAAGAUGGGAACAGUCAUAGACAGCGUCCCAGUUACUGUUCGCCAGCACAUCCUCCUCAACAUCAAGGAAGAUACCACCUAUGAUGAUCUCAGGACAUUCCUCACCACCUACGAGAAUGCAAAGAGAUGGACUCAGCCAACAACCACCGAUCUGAUCAACAGUGGGAAGGACAGCUACCUCUUGGGCAACCACCUCCAGUACCAGGACACAACCCAAGGACCUCAAAUCUAUCCCAUCGACAGCGAGGAAGAAACAAACUAUGAGAUGACUUAUUUCAACAACAUCAUGAUGGUGCAGAUGGAGGUUCGUCUAUAUGAAGACAGCGAAGAAGAAGUGCAAGGAAGUCAAAGUUGGAAAGAUGAUCCUCUUUACCGCUGGUACAAUACCGAGGUCAAGAACGUACAACUUCGUGAUGCACAAGGAAAAUCCAUUGCUGUACAGGAACACCGUCUCAUCGAUCUUGAGUUCAAGGACAAGGCUGGCAACAAAGUUCAAGUUUCGGAGGUGUUCAUGAUUGGCAAUGUGAUCAAUCCUCUUUUGGCAAUAGGAAAGAUGAUGAAGCAAGGACGGAUGCCUCACCUUGGCGACAGUUCAAGAAUGGCACUCGUGGAUGGAGACAAGAGCACAGAGAUCCCCAUCUACCUCAGGAACAACUCUUUGGCCGCCAGCGCUUUUGUGCAAGCAGUCGUUGCAGUUCGUGAAGGACAGCUUGUACCAGUUCUUUUCAGUGACACUCUUCAACAACUGGAAAAGAGGCAGAGGCCAGGAUGGUGCAAUACUGAAGAAGGAAAGAUCCACUACGGCAUGAACAACUCCCACUUUGUGGAUCCAACAAUGACUUUAUCAUUUCAUGAAAGCCUGUUCUACAGGACCACCUUCGUCAAGGAGAACAAAGAGAACAAAAAACGAUGGAUUUUGGUCGAGAUCAACAGACCAUAUCAGGAAAUGGAAGACCCAUUCAUGGAGCUUCCUUACAGCGAGACCGAGACCAUUACAGUUUUUACCUCGCAGCCUGAAAGCCCUGUCAGGUUUUGCAAAGCAAAAGGAACAGAUCACAAUGUUGAGUUUGAGGUGUUCACUGACGACAAAUGGGAAGUUUCAACUACAGGAGAAGAAGUCAUUCGCCGAGCACCUAUGGUAUUCAUGAAGAUACAGGAAGAAGUUUUGAGGAUCACCUUUCUUUCAGAGAACAACCUGGAGCACAGGAUAGGUUUCGUCUACGUGAACCAAUACAACUACAAAGCAAGAAGCAGCAGACAGGAAAAGAUGAAAGCAUGGAAGUGGAUGAGGAACCAGCAGCGCCAGCGGACCGCAGAGAAGUUGUGGAAGGACUCAGCUUUGUGCAUGAAGGAACAGGCAGCGAUUGUCCUCAUCGCUGUUGACUCUUGGUCCAGGACAGUCGCCGCUGUCCCUACAAGCCAGAAAGGCCGUGGACUCAUCGACUACAUGGCUGAUGCAGUGGUGAGUAUGGCGUCUCAGCUGCAGUACAGCAACAUCAUCCUGAAGGGCGACAACGAGAACACCAUGCAGACCCUCAAGGCAGCAGUACAAAGGAAAAGAACAGCACAAGGAAUGGGCACUCACCUGCAGGACAGCGUCACAGGACAACACCAGACAAAUGGGAUCGCAGAGAGGAUGAUUCAGACAGUUCGAAGGCAAGCUCUUUGCCAUGUUCAGAUGCUGCAGGAAAAGGCUUGUCUAGGAAUCAGUCACCAGGAAGCAAUUUUCGCAUGGGCCUUUCGCCAUGCAGCAUGGUGUCUUAACAGGUUCCACACCUGUUCUGCCACAGGAAUGACGACGCACGAAUUCUCCACAGGAAAGCCUUGGAAAGGAAGUUUGGUUGAGUUCGGCGAGACUUUGCUUUGCCAUGUCGUCCCAGGAACCACCUCUCGCAGGAAAGGAGACGCUCAGUGGUGCAAAGGAACAUUCUUGGGAAAGACCGAGAACAACCUGUACUUGGUCUACACGCAGUCAGGACUCAGAGCCUGCCGCAGCGCGAAAAGAAUAGCAGGACACUUUGACAAGGACCUGAUCGCCAGCAUGACGAUCAACCCUUGGGACGUCAAGCCUGCAACGUUGGGAACAAGAGUGCUACCAAGGAAAGUUCUACCUCAACCAGACGAACUCCAGCUACACCAGGUCUACCACCAAUACCUGUGCCAGCUCAACAAGGACCUCAGCAACUUCAAGGACCACAACCUCCAGCCGCAGCAGACGCUGAAGCAGAAGAG